UAACAGUACAGAUACUUCAGUUUUGAACGUUUCAAGUGUAUGUUUUCAAGAAAACGUUUCAGUUAUUUUGUAAGAAUAAUAGUACGAAAAUAUGAAUGUGUAAAAUAUUUAUAUUUAUGUCGAAAACGAGAUAUAAAAUGAUAAAUGUAUAUAGUAUAUAUCAAAAAAUUUGUAUAAAUCUCCUUUAAAAGUUUGAAUUCAUAUACAGGGGACAGCACAAUCUCCAGUAUCUUCUAAGGAUUAAGUGUAUAAAUCUAAUAUUUUGUUUUUCUAAGUUUUACACAUAACCAAUUUAGAUAUGAAAAAUGAAAAGGGAAGGUAGAUGUAUGAUUUAUAAUUAAACAAAUGUUACAUGGCUAAUAGAAAAAUUUUAAGAAUUAAGAAUUCAAGAAUUAAGAAUUAAUUUCAAAAUGGGUACUGUAGAAUAUGGUUUUCCAAUGAUCGGUGGUUUAAUGCCACAAAUUCAAGCUCUUAUAGCACCACCUGUAUCGGAAGAUUCUAAAACAGCAAAAAAUAAAAAGGAUAAGGAGGAGAAAAAGCAUCCGUAUUUUAAAAGAAGAGGACGGGGACACAAUCGUGAUAUUUGUGAUGCCUGUCGAGAUGGAGGAGAACUUAUUUGUUGUGAUAAAUGUCCUGCAUCAUAUCACUUGCAAUGCCAUUAUCCAGCAGUGGAUCCAGCAGAUAUUCCUAAUGGAGAAUGGUUGUGUUAUGCUUGUCGAUGUGCAUCAAAAAGGAAUCUUUUAGAUACUAAAGGAAAUGAGAAAAACAAAAAAAAAUCUGCGUUGGAAGUGUUAGCUUUGGCAGCAUCUUUAGUUAAUCCCAGGGAAUUUGAAUUACCUAAAGAAUUGCAAUUACCAAUUAUGUUCCCUGGUAGUAAUAAAGUAGAUUAUGUUUCAGGUAGAAGAGGAAAACAACAAAGUGGAACUAAUAAUGUGGGGAAAAGUCACUGUUUAGAUAAUAAUUUAAUGGUACCUUUACCAGCACGUUUAUGUUUUGAAUGCGGCCGUAGUUGCAGAAAAGCACCAUUAAUUGCAUGUGAUUACUGUCCAUUAUAUUUUCAUCAAGAUUGUUUGGAUCCACCACUCACUGCUUUUCCCAUUGGAAGAUGGAUGUGUCCCAAUCAUCCAAAUCAUUUCAUAGAUCAAAAUUUAUUAACAUCGUGUAGAGUGACUGAACGUAUUAAGCUUUGGGAUAAAUAUGCCAAUCAACGUAUAGAUCAACAUGCAGUAAAAUUAGAUUUUUUACGUAAAGCACGUGCUACAAAUCCACUUUUUCGGACAAAAAUCAAAUUAGAAGGUCGGACAAGAGUAAAGGUACCCUGGUCUGUAAAAUUUCAUUAUGAACAUCCACCAGAAUUAGAUUCUAUACAAUUUUAUCAUGAUGCUGUUAUAAAACCAGUUGUUAAGAAUAUUAAAGUGCAAGAUAUAGAAAAUAAUGAUAUCAAACUUCCUAAAAUAGAGAAAGAAAAUACAGAAGUACAAAAAAUGGAAGAAUCAAUGGAAGUAGAGAAGGAAAUUGAGGAUAACAAUGAAAUAAAGGAUAAACUUAAUCAAGAAGAAACAAGUAAUACGAAAUGUGAGGAGACAGUAGAACAAGAAAAUGUAACCGAAAAUAGAUAUAGUAAUGAUAUUGGUACUGAGAGCUAUGUAGAACGAUUUGGCUAUGAUAUAAAAGAAGGUAUACAGUUACUUGAAAGACCAGUUUUAGAGGCAUUAGCAUUACAACGAUUAGAACAAAUUUUAGACCCUGAUGGAGAAAAUUAUGAAACUAUUAAUUGUCAAACAAAGGCUAGAGCGGCAUUGUUUUCUUUAAAUCGCAAACCUAAACCACCAGCUUUUAUGAUUCAUAAAACACUAAUUAUUGGAAGUGGCCCAAAUUGUGAUUUAGUUUUAUCUAAUUAUGGUAACUGUAGCUUUACAUCUUCAAAACACGCUAUUAUUUUUUUUGACGAGAGUACCAAACGUUAUGAAUUAUUAAACUAUAGUGAAUAUGGAACAGUGGUUGAUAAUGUAUUGUAUUCUUGUAACUAUACAAGCGUGAUAGAACAAGUAAAAGAAGAAGCUGACGAGAAAUUGCAAUCCAUGACUAAGGAACAGGAAACUACAGAAGCAGUGAAAUCUAUAAUAAGAGAAAAGGUUUUAAUUCAAGAACAAGCAGAGAAUAAAAGAGUAUUAUGUAAAUGUAAUUUAACAAGACUGGAGACAAAAGAUAAACAUCACUUAGAAGAAGGAUGGGAAGGAAGUGCUAUUGUUGCUCAUGGAUCAACAUUGGCAUUUGGAUGCCUAAUGUUCGUGUUUAAUACGAUAAAUGCACAUUUAGAACGAUGAAUUUUAUGCUGUAAAUAUUCUAUCAUUUCCAUGUACAGAUAUUUUCGUAAGCUAAUGAUAAUUAAAUUAAUGAAGUAAAUUCUUUCUAUUUUAUCUUGUUUUGAUUUCGUUGGUGUUAGAAAAUAAAUUGCAAAGAAUGUUUGAUAAAAAUACUUUAUUUAGUCAAGCUACUUUUAUGUAUUUAUAUCAUAAUUUAUAUCUUUAUCAUCAUCUUCAGUAGGUUCAUCAAAAUCUCUAAUCUUAACAUCAGCAUCUUCUCCAUACUGAAUGAUAUUGUCUAUCGUCAGUUUAAUAUCUGCCAUAUUUUCUUCGUCUUUUAUAUUUAAUGGAUAAAAACGCACUAAACUAUAGUCCUCUAUAAGCCUUCCUAUUGCUUCAGAAAGGUUUCUGUAUUUUUCAUUCCAAGGAUCUUUUUCCAUGUCUGCUAAUAAACUGUAUGGAUCAGGCUCUAAAUAUUUAUCUAGUUGCUUUUUUGCACUUUUUGAUAAUAAAUCCAUUUUGCUAAGAAUAUUAAUAUGUGGUAAUUCUAAAUUGAUCAUCACACUAAGUGCAGCCAUUGUACCUGAUAAAAACUUUGAUCCAUCAAUCAUAAAUUGACUAUCAAUCAAAAAUACUCCACAUAUACGAAAAUUGAGAUUUUGUAACAUAGUUAUUAAUUGACGAACGCUUGUCAUAUGUGUAUAUAAUUCAAUUUGUCCUGGACAAUCGAAGAUAAUAUAAUCGUCAUCCACAUCGCCUAAUUUUUCUUCUAACCACGAUGAGUUUUCUAUUAUAUACUCCAUACAGAAUAUAAGCCCACCAUUCGGUCCAAAUCGCAAUUCAUCAUCUUCCAUAACAUCAUCUAACUGUACUAAUUCUCUUAUAUCAACUAAGGGGUUAUAAUCAAAAUAUUCUGCUGCUGGAUCUAAAUUUACUACUUCUAUUACUUUGUUUUCACUGGCUGCAUGUUGUUGAAUAGCAGAACAAUAAAAAGUAUAAUACCUUUCCACUACCAGCUGGUCCCAUCACAAGUUGUGCGUAUCUCAUUCCUUUGUUUUUAUAAAUAUCAUAUAAAUUAAAUAAAAUGUAUUUAUAUCAACUGUACAUGUCAAUUGUUGGAAAUGAUCACAGUUUACGAAUGAAGGUUGUCAAACCUGAUUUUGAGCAAUGAAAAGUUAAUGUUUAGAUUAAAACUUUGACGAAGAAUUUAUACAAAUAUAAUUCUUACAAUGAAG